AAAUCCGAAUUUGUUUUUGUUAUUUUCGAUAAAAAUGGCAAGUUCAGUGGUGAAGCUUUUUGUGUAUUGGGUUAUCCUCUUCAGGUUGAUUUUGCCCUUCAAAAGAACAUCCAAAACAUGGGGAGGAGAUAUGUAGAGGUUUUCAGAAGCAAGAGACACGAAUAUUAUAAUGCAAUAGCUAAUGAAGUGGCUGAUGCUCGUGGUGGUUCACCUUGCAGAAAUGGUUCAAGGGCCAAAUCUAGCGAUGAAGCAAAGGAAACUGUUGAACAUACGGGGAUAUUGAGAUUGAGGGGACUACCAUUUUCUGCUGGAAAAGAUGAUAUAAUAGACUUCUUUAAAGAUUUUGUGUUAUCUGAAGAUGCAAUUCAUAUAGUGUUGAAUUCAGAGAGGAGGCCAAAUGGAGAGGCAUUUGUGGAGUUUGCAAAUGCAGAAGAUUCGAAAGCCGCAAUAGCCAAGGAUAGGAUGACACUGGGGAGUCGUUAUAUUGAGUUGUUCCCUUCGUUUCCUAAGGAGAUGGUUGAUGCAAUGUUCCUUUAUGUUAGUUGGUCUAUGAUGGAUGACAAUUGGGUAAUUUUGAGGGUAAUUAGUAGAGUUGCUAGUAUUACAGCAAUAGCUGCUGCAGGAAGGUUGCCCCCUUCAAUCUUGAACAAAUUUGUGAGGUAA